GUCUCCGCACGACCGCGUGUGCCCGCUCUCGCCCGACGCUCAAAAACUUUAAACUCACUUUCCGACGCCGGGAACCUGUUCCGCCGGUAAAAAAACAACUAUUACGACACGGGAUUCACUUCUAACUCAUCUAAUGAACUUAGACUACCUAUGUAACUUUAUCGUGCUAGUGACAACUUGUUGAGAACUUUGAAAAAGUUUUAUUUUGACGAAGCGCGCUAUGGUCGGCCGCAGUUUCCGAUAAACCGGACGCAUCGCAGCGGACAUUUUCAACCCCGUGUUACAAUCAUGAGCAAUGUUUAAGCGCGGGAAAAACACACGUUACGUUCGUUUUUUUUUAAAUGCACGAACGUGGAAGCGCGUGCCCAUGAAGUUAUUCGCGAAGUGGGCUAAGAAGAAAAAUAAAGACGAUUAUGAUCCAGUCAGUGAAGAUGAGCUGGACCCGACGGAGCCACUACACCCUGACAGUGCGUUUGAGUAUGGGAUCACCUUCCAUGCAAAGUACAUUGGGACCAUGGUCGUUCCGCGCCCCACAAGCAGAGUCGAGAUCGUAUCUGCAAUGCGCAGAGUUCGGUACGAAUUCAAAGCACGUGGUAUAAAGAAGAGAAAAGUCACAGUCGACGUCUCCACAAAAGGUGUGAAGGUUACCACACGCGUAAAGAGGAAGAGCCCGAGAUUUUUGUUUUCACGCAAAAACAAAAGCAAAAAGAAAAAGAAGAAGAAGGAGAACGUUGAGAUAUUGCACCAUCCGAUAUAUCGGAUCUUCUAUGUGUCGCACGACACCAGCGACUUGAAGAUAUUCUCGUACAUAGCGAGAGACUGCCGAACAAACGCCUUCAAGUGCAGUGUCUUCAAGAGCAACAGAGAGGUUAGUGAGGAAGGCCAAGCAAUGCACAUCGUGCGCACAGUGGGGCAGGCAUUCGAGGUGUGCCAUAAGAUGCAGAUAAACAGCCCAGAGAGUGAGACGCCAUCGACGUCGUCAGCAGUAGAUGCGCCAGUCUUCUACAACCCAAGCGAGCCCAGCACAUCCAAAGCUGGUACAUCAGAGGUUGCGUCAGAGUGCGAAGCGUCCACGUCAGGGCUGAACCGCCAGGAGCGAGCCCAGGUCCACCAGCGACCCCGGACGCUGAACCUGCACAAGCCGCCGCCGCCGCCGCCAAAGAAGGAAAGCAGGAAAUUGCCUCCCCUGCCCCCGCAAAGCCCGACUUUGCCCGACCUGCCAGAGUGCAUCACAAAGGUCAAAGAGCUGCCGCCGUUGCCAGAUGACGCUACCACCCCGCUCAGCGCCCAGCACCAACUGAAGCUGCUGAAGGAGAGGCUGGAGCAGCAGUCGCAGCAGACACAGGCAGCUGUCGCGCAACUCAUGCUGUUGCGUGAUCAGCUUGCUGCAGAACAGGCGGCUCGGUGUGAGGCUCAGACCCGCACCCAUCAACUGAUAGUCCACAACAGGGAGCUCUUGGACCACAUUGCGGGCUUAGUUGAUCAUUUACAGGCGAGCGAGAAGGGAUCGCCUCGACCAAUCAACGCAGAGCGGCUCACACUUCUGCCACAGGCCAAGACCUCUGGAAACCACAAAGGGUCAAAAGCGGAAGGAUCGUGCAAUGGAAAUUCAGCAAUGAAUGAAGAUGACCUCAUCGACUUCUUUUCGAAGAGCGCUAAAGUGAGCCAGGAUUCAGAUGACGAUGAGUUUGAUCCGAAUCAAUACUGCUUGAAUCUAGAUUCGUCUGAGAAGCGUGCCGGCCCCAGCUCGGCUCCCAACUUUGGAUCAAUGUCCAACGAGCAAAUACAGUCUUAUUUGAUAUCGAAAUUCAAAGAUAUCAUGGUAGACAACGAUAGAGAUACUAAAGCUAAGGGUCAGCUCUUCUAUCAAAACACCAACGCGUUUCCGAACAUCCCACCGUUGAAAAGUCAUCUCAGCAACUCUGAUAUUUCUAGCCUGCUGAAGAACAAGACAGCUGAUGAAAUAGAAGCCAUGGCUCAAGCCAUGAGCUUUGGGAACUCGCAAAGUUCGCUGUCCGGUUCCAGCGACACAUCUAGUUCUUCUAGUUCAUCUUCCGAUUCAAGCAGCUCGGAAUUUGCGGGGCCAUUCAUAAGGCCGCUAUCCCACAGUGGGACCUUGACUGCAACUGGUCAAGACGGCCGCGUCCGUUUGAUAGUGCCCGUGAGCCCCUCUGAGAGCACUGCUGAAGUUGCUGAGCCACAGGCCGGACCCUCCGGGGCCACUCUCAGCGUUCCAGGCCCCAGUCAACUCGCUCCGGGAGCUCCGAUCACACGCUCCACCAGCGAAAAGGUCCCGAAUCGGAGCGAUCUGAUGGCGGCUCUGCGCUCGCAGUGGACAAGACACACAACCAAGUAAAAGUUCACCGUCUUGUAAAUUUGAAAAUCUUGAAAACUUUGAGUCCAGUACCUUUUAGAUAAUAAUAAUUUAUGAUUUGUUGAUUAUUGUUUGUGAAGAUUGUUUUAAUCUCUCAAUAUUGUUUAUUUUACGUUAUGGUCUAAGAUCCGAAUAUAAGUC